AUGGACAAGCCAUCUAGUAAACGUCGUCGCACCGACGCAGCUACCACUCUCUCAAAGCCGUUCAAGUCCCCACUACGCAGACCUGCACCAACAAAUACAGACGACACGCCAUCUAAGCCUGUCGCACUCAGGACUACCGAGGGCACCGAAGUCCCAGCGACUCCUACUAUACCUGUAGGGCCGAACUCAAUGUCGAAUUCACCAGAUCCGACAACAGCUCCAGUACCUCCUAAGCGCAAACGCGUGCUACAACUCUUUCCCCACUUCCCCUCACAAUCGUUCCAAACCUCCGACCCAGAGAUUCUAGAACUGCAAAAACAGCACCGAGAGAUCAAGUCGAAGGUUGACACACUCAUCAACGAACUCGAAAUAGCAACUCAGGCUCUCAACCUCGAGACUAACCCCAAAUACAUCGAGAUUCCAACUCUAAUCACGAAAUGGCGACUCGCCAGUCAGGACGCAGCCGAUGAGGUAUUUGUCGGUGCCAAGGAAAGGUUCAAUAGCAUGGGAGGGAUGGCGGCUUGGAAAGAGCGGUCGAAGCGUGAUACAACUCGAUGGGAUUUUGAUGAAGAGAAUCGUGAGCGGGAGCACGUUGAUGAGGAAGAGGAAGAUGUUGAGAAUUACGAUGAUGGUGACUAUUCUGGUCAUACAUCGAACAAGAAUAACGGCGAGGAGAGUCAGGAUCAGGAGUUCACAAUGGAGUUCAUGCUCAAGAGUCUGCAUGUUGAUCCUAAGUUGAUUGGAUAUGAUACAAAUGCUCAAAAAUGGAUCAAAAGCUGA